UUGUUUUUAUGUAAGGGUGGAGUUUUGGAAUUUUUUAGCCACUUUAGCUGAUGUCAUUCCCUAAAGAAACCUCAAAAGAUGUGAAUUACAAAUCUUUUAAGUUCUUUGCUUCUCUCAGAAUCAUCCUGUAGCACCAUGACCCAUCUUGUUGUGUUCAUCUAUUGACCUACAUAGCUCCUUGAACAUCGAAGAGAUUGCCUUAUAGAUUCUAAUCUAUAAAUGACAGUAUCUUUCAUCCAAUAUCUUGGUAGCCCAAUAGAUAUAAAGUGGAUUAAUGAUUUAGAAAAUGAUUAUUUGUAUGUUGCAUGGCCUGCAAGUUGCCAGGAACUUCUGAAAUCACUAUUCCCUGGAAAAAUACCUUCCAUAAGGCGUAAUUUUCAUAAUUUGGUUCUGUUUAUUGAUCCUGCUCAAGAAUAUACCUUGAAUUUUAUAAAACUUGCUGAAGUGUUAUAUUAUCGUAAAAUUCCUGUUAGAAUUGGUUUUGUGUUCAUUGUUAAUACAGAUGAUGAAGUCGAUGGAACAAAUGAUGCUGGAGUUGCUCUUUGGCGGGCUUUCAACUAUGUUGCAGAAGAAUAUGAUGUAUCACAAGCAUUUGUUUUCAUAACACAGAUGUACCAAAAAGUGAAGAGUCAAAAUAUAAUCACAGUGGACAAUGUGAAGAGUGUUCUCCAAGAUAAAUUUCCUCAAGCUGAUAUUUUGGAUAUUUUGGGGAUUAAUUCUAGAUAUGAUGAUAAAAGAAAGGCAGGAGCAAGCUUUUAUAAGGUGACUGGCCUGGGCCCUUUGCCUCAAGCUCUUUAUAAUGGUGAAUCCCUGAACCAUGAGGAUUUGAAUAUUCAAAAACUAGAAAGAGCUCUUCUUCAGAAAAUGAUGGAUGUGACUAUAUAUUUGCAAAGGGAAGUUUUUAUGGGCACAUUGAAUGAUCGAACAAAUGCAAUUGAUUUCCUUAUGGAUAAAAAUAAUGUUGUACCCCGUAUAAAUCAUUUGAUUUUGUACAGUGAACAGCAGUACCUCAACUUAAUAUCUACAUCAGUAACUGCAGAUGUCGAAGAUUUCUCUACUUUCUUUUUCUUGGAUUCACAAGAUAAGAGUGCUGUAAUUGCAGAGAACAUGUAUUAUUUAACCCAAGAAGAUGAAGAUGUCAUUUCUUCAGUUACUCUCUGGAUUAUUGCUGAUUUUGACAAACCAUCUGGGAGAAAUAUGCUUUUGAAUGCAUUAAAGCACAUGAAAACAACUUUUCGUAGUCGGUUGGGCGUUAUUUAUAAUCCUACAUCAAAAAUAAAUGAAGAGAACACAGCUAUUUCUAGAGGAAUUUUGGCAGCUUUUCUUACACUGAAAAACAACUUUUUGGGAAACUUUCUCAGGAAACUGGCAAGGGAAGAAACUGCUACAGCUAUUUACUCUGGAGAUAAAAUUAAAACAUUCCUUACUGAGGGGAUGGAUAAGGAUGCUUUUGAGAAAAAAUAUAAUACCGUUGGGGUGAAUAUUUUUCGAACUCACCAGUUGUUCUGUCAAGAUGUACUUAAGCUGCGUCCCGGAGAAAGGGGUAUUGUCAGCAAUGGCAAAUUCUUAGGACCUUUAAAUGAAAAUUUCUGUGAAGAAGAUUUCUUCUUAUUGGAAAAGAUAACAUUUACUAACUUAGCAGAGAAAAUUAAAGGCAUUGUUGAAAAUAUGGCAAUCAACUCAAAAAACAAGAGUGACCUUGUUAUGAAAGUUGAUGCCCUUGUUUCCUCUUUGCCUACACCUGAGUCUCGUUAUAAUGUUGCAUUUUUAAAAGAGAAUCACAGCAUUAUGAAGGUAAAUCCUCAAGAGAAUGACAUGUUCUUUGAUGUUAUUGCUAUUGUUGAUCCAUUGACAAGAGAAGCACAGAUGAUGGCACAGUUAUUGAUCGUACUUGGAAAGAUUAUCAACAUGAAGUUAAAGUUGUUCAUGAACUGUAGGAGUAAGCUUUCAGAAGCCCCUUUAAAGAGUUUUUACCGAUUUGUUCUGGAACCGGAAUUGACGUUAGUGUCUAAUAAUGUCAUUGAACCAGUAGCAAAGUUCUUGGAUAUCCCCGAAUCACCCCUUCUAACCCUCAACAUGAUUACUCCUGGAGGCUGGUUGGUUGAAACAGUACACAGCAACUGUGACCUUGAUAAUAUUCACUUAAAGGAUAUUGAGAGAACCGUUAUAGCAGAAUAUGAACUAGAAUAUCUUCUGCUUGAAGGACACUGCUUUGAUACGACGACGGAGCAAUCUCCUCGAGGUCUGCAGUUCACACUUGGCACAAAAAAUCAACCUGUUGCAGUUGAUACAAUAGUGAUGGCCAAUCUUGGAUAUUUUCAAUUAAAAGCAAACCCAGGUGCUUGGAUACUAAAAUUACGCCAAGGAAAAUCUGAAGAUAUUUAUCAAAUAAUUGGGCAUGAAGGAACUGACUCUCAAGUGGACCUAGGAGAUGUCAUUGUCGUGUUAAACAGCUUCAAAAGCAAAAUACUGGCAAUACAAGUGCAAAAAAAGCCAGACAAAAUUAAGGAAGAUAUCCUUACUGAUAAAAAAGAAAAAAAAGGAAUGUGGGAUUCCAUUAAAAGUUUCACAAGAAGUUUGCAUAAAGAAAAAGACAAAAAGGAAACAGACGUUCUGAACAUUUUCUCAGUUGCUUCUGGCCAUUUAUAUGAACGCUUUUUAAGAAUCAUGAUGCUUUCUGUUUUACGUAACACCAAAACACCAGUAAAAUUCUGGUUCCUAAAAAAUUAUCUCUCACCAACAUUUAAAGAGGUAAUUCCUUACAUGGCUAAGGAAUAUGGAUUCCAAUAUGAACUAGUCCAAUAUAAGUGGCCCCGCUGGCUUCACCAACAGACGGAAAAACAAAGGAUUAUUUGGGGUUACAAAAUUCUCUUCCUUGAUGUCCUUUUUCCUCUAGCAGUGGACAAAAUCAUUUUUGUUGAUGCUGACCAGAUUGUGAGACAUGACCUGAAAGAACUUCGAGAUUUCGAUCUGGGUGGAGCUCCUUAUGGGUAUACUCCAUUUUGUGAUAGCCGCACUGACAUGGAUGGGUAUCGUUUCUGGAAGAAAGGAUAUUGGGCAUCACAUCUUUUAAGAAGGAAAUACCAUAUCAGUGCCUUAUAUGUAGUGGAUCUCAAGAGGUUCAGGAGAAUUGCAGCAGGUGACAGGCUCCGGGGCCAGUACCAAGCUCUCAGUCAAGAUCCAAACAGUCUUUCAAACCUAGAUCAGGAUCUUCCCAAUAAUAUGAUUUACCGAGUUGCCAUUAAGUCUCUUCCUCAAGAUUGGCUGUGGUGUGAAACCUGGUGUGAUGAUGAAUCCAAACAAAGAGCCAAAACAAUCGAUCUGUGCAAUAAUCCCAAAACAAAAGAACCGAAACUGAAGGCUGCUGUCAGGAUUGUCCCAGAAUGGGUGGAGUAUGAUACUGAGAUACGACAACUGUUAGAUCACCUUGAAAACAAGAAGAAAAAUGCAAUUUUGACACAUGAUGAACUCUAGCACUGGCUUUUAUGAAAGAAGAUAAAAAGUAUGACAAGAAAUCUGCCACCUGCUGGGAAAGUGUGGAACUACUGCUAAGACUUUUGGAAGUUUCAUUAAAGAUCGGUGACAUAUUCUUCAAUUUAAAAAAUAUUAUUUAAAAAUACAUGUACUUAAUGUAUUAAGUUUAAGUUAUAUAAGAAAUGACCACUGAGUAUUUAAAACUAAGACUAUUCCUUUUUCCUGAUUGCUUAAAACACUGUUUUUUUACCAAAGUGAUAUUUUGCCACGUAACCCAGUAAAAAACAUAUCUAACUAGUGGGGGUUUACCAAACCAUCAACAUCUUUGUGUAUUUAAGCUCUCUGUGCAUUUAUAUCUUCUUAUUCACAAAAUGCAUUUAAAAUUAGAAAAAUGUAUGUUUUUUCUUCUGAGAAAAGGACUCAUGGUUAUCUCUGAAUAGCAAUAAAAAAUUAAGCCUAUUUAUACCUUAUCUGUUGUAAAAUA